AAUUUUUCUACAAUAUGGCUCAGGGAAAAGGAUCAAAUAAUAUUUUCUCUUUCAAAGAUGAAAGAUGCAGUCCUGAUCCUGUGUUUGAUUAUUCCACCACAUUAUUUGACAGCAGUGUACCACUGGUUAUAGACAAUGGGUCUUACCAGUGUCGAGCAGGCUGGGCAACAACAAAAAAACACCAACCACAAUUAAUCUUCAAAAACAUCACAGCCAAACAAAGAGGCAAAAAGGAGUCUGAUCUACAGGUUGGGAAUGAGAUUAACAAUAUUGAAGUUGUUCGAUGGAUUCUCCGCACACAAUUUGACAGGAAUUUGGUGACUCUCUAUGAUGUCCAGGAACAGAUCUUUGACUACAUAUUCACCCACAUGGGCAUUAACACAGAAAGUGUUGUUGAUCAUCCUGUCCUAAUGACUGAACCUGUGUGUAACCCAAAUUACUGUCGCCAACAGAUGUCAGAACUCCUGUUUGAGUGCUAUCAUGUACCACGUGUAGCUUAUGGUGUGGAUGCCAUGUUUAGCUUGUACCAGAAUCAGCCUAAAUUAGACAGGGGUGAUGCUUUAGUGGUGGACUGCGGUUACCAGGCGACACACGUCCUACCUAUCUUAGAGGGACGCAUGGACAGUGCCACUUGUCGUCGCAUCAAUUUGGGAGGAUCUCAUCUGGAUGGAUUUAUGCAACGUCUCCUGCAGCUUAAAUACCCUGGCCACUACGCUUCAGUCACGCUGAGUAGGGCAGAGGAAUUGGUGAGAGAUCACUGUUAUAUGGCUGCAGACUAUGCUACAGAUUUGGACAACUGGGUCUCCAAUGACUACUACGAUGAUAAUGUCCACAAAAUACAGUUGCCAUUUGUCAGUGCUCCAGGAAAUCAGCAGACAGUUUCUGCCAAACAGGCGAAGGAACGCCGUGACCAGCAGAUACGCAGGCUUAAAGAAGUCAAUGCUAAGAAACGUGUAGAAAAGCUGAGGAACGAUGAGGAACAAUUGCAGGAGUUGAUGAGUCUGCAGGAAUUGUUGGAAGAUGAAGACGAUGAAGAAUUCAAUCGAGCCUUACAAGGAUCAGAGUUUGAUUCAGCAGAGGAACUGCAGACAGCAAUCAACAAACUGACUGGAAAUAUCCAGAGAGCUAAGGCGAAGAUCCUGGGUAUAGACCCACCACCAGAGGAAGAGCAGCAGGCCAAGGCUCCUGUGUAUGACCUUCUGGACAUUCCUGAUGACCAGUUGACCCCUGAUCAGUUGUCUGUCAAGAAACGUCAGAGGAUGCUGAAGAAUGCCCGAGAGGGAAGAAUGAAAGCACAGGCUCUUCAGAGAGCAAAACGUCAAAAGGAAAUUGAAGAAGAUAAAAAGUUGGAAAUUAAAAGACUGAUGAACUUUGAUGGCUGGUUACAGGAAGUGAGAUCAAAGAGACAGAAAUUGUUAGAUGCCCGUGCAAAGAGAAAGCAGAGGAAAUCUGACAUGGCUAAACGUCGGACACUGGCCUCACAACAGAGGAUGAAAAUCAUCACACAGCUUGCUGGAGGUGGAUCUAAGAAGAAAAAGAAGGAAGACACCUUUGGUCAGAAUGAUGCGGACUGGGAAGUUUACAAAGAAAUUCACCCAGAAAAUGCUGACAGUGAUUCAGAGGCUGAAGAAGAAACACUAGAGGAACUUGAGACACAGUUACGGGAACAUGAUCCAGAAUUUCAAAAGGAGCUUGAUAAGAGCAUAGAUCCUCAGGGAGAGUUUGAUAUUGCUGAAUAUUAUAGACUACACCUGGCCAUCGAGAGAAUCAGGGUACCAGAGCUGUUAUUCCAGCCCUCCAUGCUGGGUUUGGAACAAGCUGGUAUAGCAGAAACCAUGAACUAUGUCCUGAAAAAACAUGAUGCUGAACGACAGAAUAGACUGGCCCAGAAUGUGUUCUUAACUGGUGGUAAUGCAAUGUUCAGGAACUUCCAGCAGAGACUGGAAACAGAAUUGUUAGAAAUGAGGCCCUUUCACUCCUUAUUCAACGUCUCAUGUGCAGCUAACCCCAUUUUGGAUACAUGGUAUGGAGCUAGGAAAUGGGCGUUGUCUCCCCAUUUUGUAGCCCACAGUAUAUCACGGCAAGACUAUGAAGAGAAGGGAGGAGAGUAUUUGAAAGAACACAGACAAUCUAACCAGUAUUUCCAGACCCCUACAGUGGUGCCAACAUCUUAGCCUUUCCAUCACGAUUUCAGUGUUUUAGGUACUGACUUGUGUAGAAUUGACUGAUAUGUCAGUAAUAGUUUGCUGUCAGAAGUGCUUUGACUGAGAUGUACACAGUCGUUUGUCACCUAAUGUUGCCUGAAUAUAGGUAUAUCUGUCAGCAAAGUCUUGUUAAAUAUCAAGUCUACUGGUCAUAAUCAGGAGGAUUUAAUGCUCAACACAGUGAAUAAAUAAGUAUCUGAUGGAUGUCAGGUGUCAGGUAAGAGAUAAGGUGGUAGUCCUAUGAAAACAACUUACAGAUAUACGAGAUUAGGUGGUAGUCCUAUGAAAACAACUUACAGAUAUACGAGAUUAGGUGGUAGUCCUAUGAAAACAACUUACAGAUAUACGAUAAGAAGAUUUUAUAGUAAUGGAUAUUUCAAUUUAUAAAUACCAUUUUUACGUCAUGAUAGAAUACUUCUACAGAAAGGAUAGAGUCUAGGUAUACUGGUACAAUGGGAUCAGUUCUGAAAACUUAUGACCAGGUGUAUGUACCAAACAUCUCAGUGAAACAUUAUUGAAAUCCAUACAGCAGACAUGUUGUGUUAAGUUUAAAUAUAUAUUCAGUCCUGUUGUUUAAAGUUGAAAUACAUAUUAAAAAAAUUCUGCUGUGGCAGCCAUGUUUGAUACCUGACUAUUCUACGAAGGCUUCGUAACCACUGUUUACAGAACUUCACUAAGUUUUAUUGAAAUCAUAUUUAGCAGUAUUAUUUGACUGAAAGUUUAAAUUGUUAAGGGAUAGUGACCUACAACAAUGUUUUUAGUUGUUCACUAGAGUUAAAGGGACGUAAAAAUGUGAAUAGUGUGGAAGUCACAGCCAUUUGAGGUGAAUCACUGAAGAAUUGUUUCAAAUCUUGAUUGUAACUGUUUGACAAAUAUUGUAAAAUAUAUGAUGUAUAUAUUUUAGAAAUAAUGAAAACAAAUCUGACUGGAAUUUCUGGUGAUGAUACAUGUAACAAGCUAGUAAACAGCUUCAACACAAAGGUGCCAACUUAUU